GCAGAUCCAAGAGCGCGACGAGACGAUCCAGGACAAGGAGAAGAGAAUCUAUGACCUCAAGAAGAAGAACCAGGAGCUGGAAAAGUUCAAGUUUGUGCUGGACUACAAGAUCAAGGAGCUGAAGCGCCAGGUGGAGCCGAGAGAGCAAGACAUCCAAGAGAUGACGGCACAAAUCAAGGUGGGCACUUUGCCCAGAGUCUGCUUGAUGCGCAUGCCUCUGGCUGGGUGGGAUCAAGUGACUGACCUCUGCCUGGAUUCAAGGAAAUGGACGUGGAACUAGACUUGUAUCACAAAUCCAACGCCGAUCUCGAGUUCUCCAUCGCCGAUUUGAAACUCAAGCUGAAGGCAUCUGACCGAGAGGUGGAGAAGGAGAAGAACAAAGUCAACGCCCUCACGAAUUUCUUGCGGCGAUUCAAAAUCGAGCUGAACGAGUGCGCCCAGCAAAGCUCGGAUCCAAAGAAGCUCAAGGGGCAGGUCAAGGCGCUUUAUCAAAAGUACUGCAAAGAAAACAUCAACGAAGACGAGGAAGAGGUCGAUAUCCAGCAAGAAUAUGCAAGACAGCGAGAGUAUCUGGAGCGCACGGCUGCCUCCCUCAAGAAAAAGGUCGUCAAGGACCAGAGUCUCCACAGAAUCGACAACGUGCGUAUCAUGGACGAGAAUGUGGCGCUCCUCAAGGAGAUCAAUUUGCUUCGCAAGGAUCUGCUCGGCGGUCGACAUAAAAAGCUGGCCGACAAAGCCGUGAUUGCAGCAGCCGCAGAGUCGCAUGGACGACCGAAUAUGUCUCAGCGAAACGGAUCUGCCCCUGGACCAACCAUCACGCUGCCGUCAGUCGAGCAUCACUGAGUGCAGUAUGCAGUUUGCGCAUAAACAGCGGGCCGUGCCCGUCUGGGAACCAGUUACGACUCUGCUGCACCCACCAACGAGUCGCUUGGGCGCAUUGCCCCCGCCCUGUCUUCACGGUGUGGAUGGUGAUGGUGAAAGAUGGAUGCGUGCAUUCCUCACACACACACACACACACACACACAACAGAGUUGUAAAUCUCCGAUCAUAUGCAUCCUGGUCAGCCGCCCAAUCCAGCUCAAGCGGAGAGGGCGGGGUGGUGGGACACAAGCGGGGCCGA